ACUUAUGACUCAUGGAUGAGCUAGGCCUUUUAUAUUUCACUGCUCUGUAACUUGCACAAUACAGCUGCUGCCAUUGAACAUCCCAGCCAUCCCCUCCGAAAAAAGACAUUUUCUUCGAAGGAAGCUAUGCAUCAUCACCGAUAACAUUUCUGUCUUUGUUGCCGAAAAUGUUCCCUUUAUCUUUGGAAGUACGACAUUCUGGGGAUCAUCUGGGAUAAAAAUCACAGAAUGUGCUUACAGAAAUUCUUAAUAUUAAUCAUUGUCUCUACUUUGAGGUUGCUACUGUGGAGAUAUUAACAAAGACCGAUUAACAUUAGGAUUAACUCAAGUACAAACAUUCUUUCCUUGAUGUGGUUGAGAAAUUCAUUAAUGUUGGUUGAUUAAUUCCAUGAAUUCAUGCAGGGUUAGAAAAUGUAUAAAUAUUGGAGGCAAUCAGUGCUUCUGUACCAUUUCUCUCUCAGCAAGCUCACAAAGAAGGAGUAACUUGAGCAAAAAUCAUAUUUUAGUAUUUGUAAUAUCUAAAUAUCGGUUCAUCAUGGAAAUGUUAAAGCAUCAAGCUUGUCUGGUUUUUCUCCUCUCAUUCAUCGCCGUCUCAUUGAGUGCACCCAGACUUCCUAGGGACUCUUGUGACGGAAGUGACACGAGAAACGUCUGUGGCUCUAAUGGAAAAUCAUACAACAACGAAUGUGAGCUAGAGGAAGAAGCCUCUCAAACUGGACAAGACGUAUCAGUCUCUCACUACGGAUCUUGCCAAUCAUCAUCGGGGGGUACACAGUCUGCACCCUACGCUCCCGGUGGAGGUGGAGGCCAAAUUCCAGCUAGAGCUCCUGGUGGAGGUGGAGGCCAAAUUCCAGCUAGAGCUCCUGGUGGAGGUGGAGGCCAAAUUCCAGCUAGAGCUCCUAGUGUCCCUGCUGUUCCACGUCCAAGAGCUCCAGCUCAAGGCCCCGUAGCCCCUGCCCCGCCUGCACACGCUCCUAUUCCAGGACCAGCGGUUCCUGGAUAUCAACCUGGUGCUGCAGCCCCAUCCGCUCCUCAAUACGACCAAGCUGGAGGAUCGUCCGGAUCCCAUGAUUCAACAUCACAAUAUGCACCUGCGCCAGCAGCUCCCUCAGCUCCGGGGUAUGCUCCUUCUCCUGCCGCUCCGACUAGACCUGCCAGUGCACCAAGACCUGCCGCACCAAGACCUGCUGCACCGAGACCGGCUGCACCAAGACCUGCAGCACCAAGACCCGGACCUGCUGCUGCACCAAGACCUGCCGGUCCGUCAUUUGCACCUAGUGCUCCGAUUCCAGGUGUCGGUUUUGCCCCAGGCGCACCUGCUACCGGUGGCUUCGUCGCUGGGGAUGCUGCUGGUGCGGCUGCUGGUGCGGCUGGUGCUGCUGGUGAUGGAGCCGCCGGGGCUGCUGGCGCUGGAAGUGGAAGCGGUGAAGGAGAUGGUAGCGACAGUAGUGAGGAGGCCUAUGACUACGAUGGAUCUGAUGGUGCAGAGGGUGCUGAUGGCACGGAAGGAGCUGACGGUGCUGAUGGUGUUGAAGGUGUUGAUGGUGCUGAUGGUGCUGGCGAAGGUGGUGGUACAUCAGCUGCUGGUGUUCCUGGUACAGCGUCCGGUGUUCCCUCUACACGUGGUGGCGUAGGUGUUGCACGUGCUCCAGGCGGCGCUCGUGCUCCAGGUGGCGCUCGAGCUCCAAGCAGACCACGUGCUCCCUCUCCACCCUCUGGUGCCGCUGGUGCCUCUCGUCCCCGUGCUCCACCUCCUGCAGCUGCUCCUGGGUCUUUUGCUCCAAGUCCUGGAUACUCUGCUCCUGCUGGUGGCCGUCGGCCCAGUGCUCCAAGUGUACCAUAUGCCCCUAGCGGUGGUCGUGCUUUGCCGAGAGCACCUGGAGGAACACCAGGAGGAGCGCCUGGAUAUGCCCCCGCCGGAGCGCCUGGAUAUGCCCCCGUUGGAGCCCCUGUAGCCCCUGGAGUAGCCACUGGCACUGGGACAUGCAGUGAAGGCGUUUCUGCCGAUUACGGUUGCACAGAAGAGGCUUUGUACGAUCCAAACAAUUCUGGUGAUCAAGAUGACUAGAGAUUCGGUGAACAAUCGAGAUAAUCAAUGAGCAGAGACUUGAAGUGGUUAACCUAGCCCCUUAUCAGCGAAUUAUGGGACCUCACCGACUAUAAGAGUGUGUCUUAUUAUUACUGUGCAUGAAAAUAAUGCACAUUUGAUUGAUAAAGUAACUCAUUAACAUAGGGUAACUCAUUAAAUGUAGAAGAACUAAGCACUGAAAAUUUAACUCGGUAAGUUGACAUAGCGUUAUAUUCUUUUAAUGUUCACCGUCAAUACAUUUUCUUAAUAUCAAAAUUAAAAUAUGACAGAGAUUCCCUGCACUAUAGAUAAUAUAUCAUUCCCCUUAGUGAAAAAAGUAGACUACGGUGGGAUUAUGGUUGGAUUUUUACAAAUUGAAGAUUGAAAAGGACUUGACGGCAUCGGUAAAUAUUUUUAAAAAAGAUAUGCAUCUUUUCUAAUCAAUCUGAUGGAUUUUGUAAAUUUAGACUUGGUAAAUUAAUAUAUUUAUUUCCUUUUACGUGAUUUUAACUCUCCUACCAUGAUCUCAGUGGUUAUAAUUAUAAUAUUGGCAAAUUCUCAUACUUGAUAUAUUUAAUCCUUUUCAAUAAUGUUUGUCUUAAUAUAUACAUUUGUUAUUUAUCUUCUCAUAAUUAUCUUGUCGGGCGCCAUUGGGAUGCAUAUGUGCGCAUUAUAUGUUUACUAUUAUAAUUUAUUGUAUGUUAUUUUGAGUUCAUAUUUUGUUUGCAUA